GAGGGGAGAGGGGGGGGUGUUGCUGUGACCAGGAAUGACUUUGACCAGCUAUGAAUAUUCAAGAAACAACACCACAGACGACAAUGGAGUCAGAAUCGAAUGAGAUUGAAGAGGUCAUUGCCUGCACUGGUGGUUACAGGAACAAUGUUCGAAUUUCAGUGAAAAAGUUAAAAGAAGUUAUUUCUCCGUAUUGUGCAGAGGAAUCCACAAAUUCCAUUUACAUCCCACCAGCUCUGCCUGCAAAUCAACCUUCUUUUGACAAGUGGACGUCCAACGUCGCUGUGCCGAUUGGAACAGCUUCGCAAGGAAAUGUAAAUAGUUUCUUCAGAACAAAGGUAGCUGGACACUAUGAAAACGACAACAACAAUUGCAAAGUACAACAGCGGAUUUCAAGUUCAAAUCACAAUGGUGAGGCUGCAAGGCUGUUUUCCCCAGAACCAGCAGAGGGCAGCAGACAAGAAGGAAGUGAUGUUUUGAUUUCCCAAUAUGCUGUAGGCCAGAAAGAAGCAACAGAGGCAAUCAUCAAGCGCAGCAAGUUUCAAAGUGGCCCUGUAGGGAAAACCGUGAAAGUACAAUUCCUGGGUAACGCUGUGACUGAAAAAAAGGAGUACGUCCCACAGGAUACCAAAGAAACUCUUUGUAACCAGGGUUCUGCUACAAGUGCAGCAGCUGCUACUGCAGCAGCCAUUGCCGCCACAGCUCCUCUCCUCAAGGCCCAAAGUGACCUGGAAACAAAAAUUGUUUCUGUGGUUGAGAUGGUGAGCAAACUUCAGGAAAUGAAUCGACAGGUUGCAGAGAAGAAAGAAAAGACCCCAGUUCAACAACCCGAGUCUGACAAGCACCGAGAGAGGGUCAAGGAGUUGGAGAUGCAGCUGAACAAACUGUUGGAACAGCGUCUCUGCCACCUGGAGAAACUUCAGCAACAACAGCUAGAACUUCAGUCUCAGCUGAUGACCUCGGCAUUUGCAGCCAACAAAAUCCAUCCCUUUGGUGCACCUCAAGCACGUUCUGACAUAGUGUCACAGAGUUCAGCAGCAUAUAGUAUUGCAGCACAGACUUUGAACCACGGUCUCCAUCAGUUGCCUAGCAACAACCUCUAUUACGUUUCUCUCAAAGAUAUGCCAUCUGACUCCUCUGCCGCACUGGCUAAUGGUAGACAACCAGCUACCGGCAGAUUUAGGAUGGAAAACUCUCCUCUACAGACCCCCGCACCACGCAGGUAUGCUCCUGUACCCAUGUCCAAGGAUGGUAAAGUUCAGCAAGACAAGGGAACAUCCAUUGUUCAGAAGGAUGGAAUGACUACUAGAGUUGGACAUGACCUGAACUUGAAGGUAAUAAAUCUGCCUGAGGCUCAGUACAAGAAAGAAGCGACUCUGUCACCAAGCUACGGAGUUAUUGUUCUGAUCAACUUAACAUCUACCCCCAAAGGCUGCAACAUUUUUGGCUGCGUGAGUAAGGUGAAAUUUAUUACCCAUAUCGCUUGGGUCAAGCAACAACCAAGCCCUUUUAUCUGUAUUGUUGAAUAGUUUACCAGG